AUGUGUGACGGAACUGCAGGUACUCCACAAAUAACAGGCUUCGAUUUUUAUACUCAGGAUGCUGCUAUAGAAAGAGGUGCCAAUCAGUCUUUCGCCGAAAGACAGAUCCUCGCCGCCAUCUGUAUCAUCGUCACCAUCUUGGGAGGGGUUGGAAACAGUUUUGUUAUCGUCGCUGUCGGCACCGACAAGAAGCUCCGGACGGCCACCAACGUCUUUGUGGUCAACUUGGCCGUUGCGGACGUGGUAGCCUGUCUUUUUAUGCCUUGGCAGGCGGUGGCGAUGUUGGGCGGCGGCGAGGACUGGCCGCUGCCGGACGCGCCCUGGCUGUGUGCCAUGGCGGGAUUUGCCGUGGUCGUCACCUUAGGCUGCAGCAUCAACAACCUGGCCCUGAUCGCCAUCAACCGCUGGGUGGGCAUCACGAAGUCUCGCUCCACCACCCGUCGCAUCUACACCGCCCAUAAACUCACUCUGAUGGUGAUCUUCUCGUGGCUGUACCACUCUGCUGCGCCUUGA